AUGCUGUCUGUGGACACCAACUUCUCUCCGAACUUGGUGGUGGCAAUUGGCGAGACGCCUGCGGAUCGUGAAUCCCAAUGGUCUCGACCUAUUCCCUAUGUGGGGCGUCGAACAACCCGAAGAAGGGCCCAGGCUAUCACUUGGACUUGUUUGUGCGCGGUGCCAGCAAUCUUGGGUUUGCCACUUUCAGUGGCCUCAACCGUCCCCAGCAUCACACAUGUGAUCUCUUUGACGACUUACGAAGUCAAGGCGCUUGACAGGGGUGAGCGCAAAGUGCCAGUGAAGGUGGUGGAGCCUGCGACGAACUUCUUGAUUCACGUUCUGAUCGGAUUGGCUCUCUUUCUGCCGCCGGCCCUCAAGUUCUUGCCUCGCGCAGCUCUUCAAGGUGUCUUCCGCCACGCGGGCAUUGCAUCUCUUACUGGCAACAACCCCUUCGAUCGCUUUUGGCUGUGGCUGAUUUGGGAGCCAAAGAACUAUCCUCAGUACAAGUACAUCCAGAAGUUGCCGCUGAAGCGUGUGCACCACCACACCUUGGGACGGCUGAUUUACUUGGGCAUUCUCUAUGGCCUGAAAGCCAUCAAAGAGACUUCAGUGGUGUUCUCCUUCCUCAUGGCCUCCCUGGCCUUCAUUCGCAAAGCUUUGAAGUAUGUCUGUACACCUGAAGAACUCGACCUUCUGGAUUCCUAUCCUGAAGAUGAUGACUUCGAGGAAGAAGUUCUUGGGCCCGCGCCAGACUUGGAGAAUCUGGAGAAGAAUCCAAAAGUCAGAGGACGCGAAGGGAAGGACAGAGGAGGAGAUCUGAGAUGA